CAACAGAACACUCUCAGACACCAUGGUGCAUUUCACUGCUGAGGAGAAGGCUGUUGUUGCUAGCCUGUGGGCCAAGGUGAACGUGGAGGUAGCUGGAGGUGAGGUCCUGGGAAGGCUUCUAGUCGUUUACCCAUGGACCCAGAGGUUCUUUGACAGUUUUGGCAACUUAUCUUCUGAAACUGCAAUAAUGGGCAACCCCAAGGUCAAGGCCCAUGGCAAGAAGGUUCUGACCUCUUUCGGAAAUGCUGUGAAACAUAUGGAUGACCUCAAGGGCACCUUUUCUCAGCUGAGUGAGCUGCACUGUGACAGGCUGCAUGUGGAUCCUGAGAACUUUAAGCUUCUAGGCAAUAUGAUAGUGGUUGUCUUGGCAACCCAAUUUGGCAGGGAGUUUACCCCCCAGAUGCAAGCAGCCUGGCAGAAGCUGACAACUGCUGUGGCUAAUGCUCUGGCCUACAAGUACCACUGAGUCACCUGUCCAACUCUGUGAGUGCCUACCUGAAGGUCCUGUGUUCCAAGAGUCCAUCCCCUGAAGGCUGGGGGAAAUGCCUUGCCUCUAUACUUAACACCUAUGUGACAAAAAUAAAAUAAAAAUAUGCUCUAUAAGGAA